UGAUGACACGAGAAAAAAAUCAUCUGUAUGAAUUCAAUUGUAUUGCUCAAGGGAUAUUUUGGCAAUAUAUUCUACAUUUAAACAGCCUGAGCUUAUCACUCCAGGGCUUAAAUAUUAAAUAUGAGGAUUUCUUUGGGUGUCUUAAAUGUGGUACAAAUGGUUUAAUCACUGAGAGUUUAACUUGGUGAUUUUUCUCCCUUAUCAGAGAAAAAAAAAUGGCAUAUUCUAAAACUACAUCCACGUGCUGAAAUGAAAUGGGAAAAAUGCCUUUCAGAGCUGAAUACAACCAAAGAAAAGAUUAGAUCCAUUUGCUAGUAUCUUCCAAAUUGAAACAUUUCAAACUUUCAGCUUGUAAGUGUGAAAUGUUUAUCAUCUUCAUAUCUGACAAAGUGUCGAAACUAGUCUUUAGUGGAAAUUGUUCCACAAUUUCUAGUUAAUGUUCUAUUUGAAUAUAAAUAUCUAAGACUAUCUGCCAAAGCCAUCAAAUCCUUUCUGCCAUUCCCAACAACUUAAAUUUGUGAACUGGGACUUUCUCUUUUGGUGAAAGUAACAGAAAGUCUACAGAAUCAUGGCUGGAAUUAUAGGUAUGUGCACACACACAUCCAUUAAAAGCUAUUUUACAAAUGUGGUGAUAUAUUACAAAUAAAUUAUUGUUAGUAGCACUACAAAAUGAUGAUUGACAUUGAUUGAAUUUGGGUCUGGGAAACUUUCAAUUCAGCUGAAUCCUCCCAUGCCUGAAUUUCUGCUUUAGGAAUUUCCUUUAAUUUUUUUCAAAUUAUAAAUCAAUCCCCAGUACUUCCCCUUUCCUUCCCUGCUCCCUCUCCCCAUACAUACAUCAUCUUAGUUUUUAUUUUAUUUGUUCUUUUUAGUGAUAGACAGUAGAGUGUAUUUUGACAUAUUUGUACAAACAUGAAGUAUGUCUUAUUCUAAUUAGGAUCCUAGUCUUGUGGAGAUUCACAUUAGCACUUGUGCACAUCUAUGAAUGUAUGCAGUGUGCUAAGCAUGUGCUAUGGACUUUUAUAAUUAUAAUACCAGGUAUUCAGCUGUAUUUCUUCUUUGUUCUUUUCAGUAGUGAAAAUAUCCUGUGAAGGUGGAACCCAACAUUAAGUUAGACCAAAAUAUGUUGAAGUAUUAAACGACUACCAUGUUUAAUUCAGUUUGGUGGAAAUCCUAGAUAAUAAUAUAGUACAGAGUGUAUCUUCUUAACUCAGCAUUCAGUGAUACCACAUUGGUAGCUUGAAAUUGGCCAUGGUGGGAUUACUUACAAAAAGUAAUGGGGACAAUUUUACAAAUUAAGGCCUUCCCCUUAGAGGGAAACAACCUGGCCCAAAGAGCUGUUUGUCAAAUAUUUACCAAUAUACCACUGGACUCACCUUCCUUACAUCUCUAAGGAAUCUAUCUCAAGGGGAACACUAGGAAUUUUCUCCAUAUCUCUGUGCCCCAAAUGGUAUUUGUGGUGAGCCGCUUCUGCCGUUUCUGCAGAUUAUGGUCGCCAUUACAAGAUGAUGCUGGCUCCGCUGUGGUCUGUGACAAACAACUCCUUAUCUGGGAGAGUUGGCACAUGAUUUUUCACCACCCUGUGAGAAAGCUCCACGCGGCAGCUUUGCAUUGGGGCUUGGGAUGCUUUAUUAAGGCUGGGAGGGGCAUCAGAGAGAGAGAAGAAGAAAUAUCAGGGGCCUGAAUAAACUGCUGAAAGAAGAUUCCUGAGUUGCGUCUUCCUUAUGGGCAAGGGGUCGCGACAAGUGGUGCCGAGACCCGGGAACCAGAACUUUCAGCAGUCAGGGGUGGUGCACCGGUUAGUCCCAGAUAAGUGGGAUCCCCGACCAAAGCGGGGCAGCUCCUCUGUAAACACAGAGAGAGCCUUACAUUUUAUUGCAGCUGCACUGUGUACUUUCGCUUCUACUUUCGCUUUUGUUUUUUGUGCUUCUUUUGUUGUUGUUACGACAGGGACGCUCCCCUGUAAAAGGAAGAGAGCGGGGAAUUCAUAGAACGGAACGCUCCCCUGUAAAAGGAAGAGAGCGGGGACUUUUGUACUUUCACUUUCUUUAUAGCUCUAAAAACAUUAUGGGCGUUGCUUCUUCAAGCCCAAUUUUGUUGGCCCUAGAUGGGUUGUUACAUUCAAAAGGACUUAAGAUAAAGCAGAGUACUUUGCAGAUGUUUUUAAGAGAAGCUGAUAUAGCGGCUCCUUGGUUUGCUUUUUCAGGGAGUCUUACGGUUCCCAGCUGGGACAAAUUAGGGAAAGAUCUAGAUUUCGCUCAUGAGCAAGGUACCUUGCAGGGUGGCAUUAUACCACUUUGGAAGUUAGUUAGAGGAUGUAUAACAGAUGGUAAAUGCCAGGAAGCUGUAAGUGAGGGUCAAGCUAUUCUUGAGCAACUGCAUGAGGAAAAAUCUGAAGGAUCAUGUAGUGAAGUGGCAGAGAGUAUUAAAAGUAACAGUAGUGAGAAGGCAAAAGAGCCUGAAGAUAAAAAUAGGAGAAGGCUCUACCCAGACUUGACCGAAUUAAAAACGCCUGAGAACACAAGCGACUCAGAGAGUUCUGAGGACCUUGAUAUAUUGUUACAACAACUACAUAAGAUAAAAAUGAAAAAGAAGAAAAAGGAGACACAGGGCACGCAGGCCUACUGUAAGAAGGGGAAGGGAGUUAACAUCGGUCAACAAAACUCUGAGGAGGAGGAGGUAGAAUAUCUAGAAGAAGAUAUGGUGCCGAUUGCCCCACCUCCGUAUGUGGGGGGGAGCCAAGGUUCCGGGAGAUCUUUUCAUGCACAAGUUUGGAGGACAGUUAAGACAGAUAUGGGACUUGCAUACCCUGUAUUUCAGGACAAUAACAGGGGAAGAUAUCAUGAGCCUUUAGACUUUAAGAUAAUUAAAACCUUGGCAGAAUCUGUCCGCACUUAUGGCAUAGAUGCCGCUUUCACUCUCACUCAGGUGGAGGGACUUACUAGAUUUUGCAUGACUCCCUCAGAUUGGGCUAGUCUAGUCCGCGCUUGUGUUUCCCCAGGGAAAUAUUAGGAGCCCAAAGUUGGCUGUUUAAUGUUUCUGGCAGUACCCAAGACUCGGAGCGAGGUAGGAGACUUAAAAUUACUUCACACAAUUCACAAUUGUUUAAUGCUACAUUACCCUCUGCAGCAGUCUGUCUCCAAUCUCCGUUCCUGUUUCUUUUGGCUAAUGUUACAUUACAGGGGAUGCUUAAUUGUUCUAAUAUUACCUGUUAUUUGUCUGAGUGUUGGAAUGGAUCCUGGCCUAUGGCAAUGGUUAUGAAAAUUCCAACUUUUGUCCCGAUCCCGGUUACUGCAGAUCCAGAGUCAUUUCCUAUUGUUGAACUGAUUGGAGCCCGUAGAGAUUUUGGAAUUACGGCAGCUAUGGUGACAGCUGUGGCGAUAUCUGCUGCUGCAGCAGUUACAGCUGGAGUAGCCAUGGCCAGCCAGAUUUUAUGAUUCCAGAAAUGCCUCCCGCAUCAUCGGGGAAUAUUUAUCCGGAACCUGGUCCAUGGAAGCAGAAAACUUGAUCCAGUCUCAACUAACUCAGAUUGCUGUUCCGAAUAGCACCCGUGUCGAACCAGUGACUUUGGGUCAAUUCACCAGUUGGCUAUCAUCUGCCUUUUCCUUUUUUAAGGAAUGGGUGGGAGUGGGCAUUUUUGGUGCAAUGUGUUGCUUCGGUGUUGUACUUUGUUUGUGGUUUCUCUGUCGCCUUAAGGCCCGCAGUGCUCACGAUAAGGCUAUGAUCAUACAAGCUCUUGCAGCUUUAGAAAAUGGCAACUCGCCUCAAGUCUGGCUUGCGCAUCUUAAACAGUAAACCUUUGUCAUGGUCGUUACACCCCAAGUUAUUAUAACAUUGUACUGGGAUCGACACGACUUUCCUUGUUAUUCUCUUAGUGUUGGAAAGCCCUUGCACUCUGCCGGUCUUACUGCCAUUGCACGCAGAUGGGUUUCCACACUAGUGCUUUUCUAUCGCCUUAAAGUCCGUGCCUUUCUUUCAGGGUGCUGUCAACUUGUUUGUCGUUAUAAACAGCCACAGUUCAGCCUCAGCUAUCCCCCUUCGUCCACCAUCGUCACGAUACAGGAUGCGAGGCAAGGCACUGCACUUGAGUGAUCCUUGACGUGGACCUCAAGGAGAGCAUGUCCUAUUGCAUGCGGGUUAGACGCGUCCACGCCCCGCCCCACGAAAAAAGGCGUCAGCUGAUAUGGCCUCAGAUCUGGGGAAGGGCCCUCCUUAGGACUGAGCCAUACUAUGCAGCCACUUCUGCACAGUGGGAUAGGACCUCUACUCUCGCCUGUAUUGUUUUAAGAAAACAGAAAAGGGGGAACUGUGGUGAGCCGCUUCUGCCGUUUCUGCAGAUUAUGGUCGCCAUUACAAGAUGACGCUGGCUCCGCUGUGGUCUGUGACAAACAACUCCUUAUCUGGGAGAGUUGGCACAUGAUUUUUCACCACCCUGUGAGAAAGCUCCACGCGGCAGCUUUGCAUUGGGGCUUGGGAUGCUUUAUUAAGGCUGGGAGGGGCAUCAGAGAGAGAGAAGAAGAAAUAUCAGGGGCCUGAAUAAACUGCUGAAAGAA